GUCCUAACUUGUACGAGCAGGUUUCUAAUUAUACCCGCGGGAGGGCACAGUGUAGGGAUUGCCGCCUCAGUCUGCCCUGCGACUCUGCAAACCCUCGGCAGCCUGUGGUUCUGCUCCCACCCUGGCUGGCACACCUCCCCUGCCACUCUCCGCGCUGCUCCUCCUCACUCCUGAGCUGACGGAACUUUCCCCCUCCUGCUUUGCUUGUGUCGCCCAGGCAAGAUGACAUUCUGGCAAGAGAACUAUGGCUUCGUCAAGGACGUGUAUGAUUUCCGUCUUCAGAAGUACCAAGAAUGGAUGGACAAUCUGGAGGCCAUCGUGUCCAAAGUUAUGGCGCCCAAUGUCCAGUACACCUAUAAGGAGUUCAAGAUGAUCCAGGAUAAUCUUGCUUCUUUGUGCCGGGACUUGGAGAAGGAGCACAUGAAGGAGUGGCUCGACCUUAUGCUUGAGAAGAUCGCCAUGAGGGUGUCUGAUGAGGCCGCCAUCAGCACCAAAGACAAAGAGUUUAAGAACGCAGAAAAGAAGAAGCUGCAGGCUCUCAUCGACCGUCACGACAAGCUGAUGCCCUCAACCCAGGAGACGCAGGCGAAGGUGGACGUGUAUGCCCGCUGCUACGCUUACGGCGACGACAUUUCCCCGUGCCUUAAGACGCUGGAGGAGAUGCGCCACCUGUCAGUGAAGGAGAUCCACCCCCAUAAUAUGAACAUGAUGGAGGAGCAGAUUGAGAAGGCGGAGAAGGUUAUCUCUAUCGUGGACAGUCAGCGAGACACGUACGAGGAUCUCCUAAAGCGAGGCAAAAAGCUUCUCCUCAACCCCAACAAGGCACUCAUCAUUGAGCUGAUUGAGAAGAUGGAGAGAACAUGGGUGGAGGCUAAUGAGCAGUCCAAGGUUCGCCUCUCUCUGCUGACGAACACUGCCAAGGACUGGGAGAAAUAUGAUGAGUUGCGCGCUUCCAUAAACGAGCCCCUGGAGAAGCUGGAGAGUGAGCUGAAGCGUUACAGGAAGUUCUACGAUCCUAUGAUGGGUACGAAGAAGCUCACGCAGAAGAAGGCCGUGCUGGAGGAGAACAAAAAGACCGCCGAUGAGAUGUUCGAGGGCAUUCAGAACAGCUACAAGACCAUCAUGGUGCUCGCAGGGGACGACAAGAAGGAAUUCCUCGACAGGGAGGUGGGUGAGGUGCAGGAAAAGAGGACAGUGAUUGAUAAAUGCACCGAAACUCUGACAAAGCUUCAAGAAUACAACGACGCGCUGUCCAAGGCGGUGACACACGCCAAGGACUUGGAGGACUGGGCCGGCCCGACCAACAGAAAGCUGAAAGAGAUCACCACGGAUCCUGACAUGAGUCCCGAAGACCGCGUGAAGGAGAUUCUGAUCCUGCAGGAGCAAGCCAAGGAGAGGCUGCCGCAACUUGAUCCUCUUGACGAAGAUUACAAGAAGCUCCUGACAGAGGAGGACAUGGAGAAAUCUGAGACGGCCAAGAACACCAUGCAGACGUGGCAGGAGAUCAAGGUGUUCGUUAAAGAGGUGUGCGAGGAGGUGGAUAAGGAAGCAGGCUCCAUCUCCUCGGACCAGAAGCUGUAUGCCGACUACCUGUGUGGCGUGAAAGACUUCAAGCCAUGGAUGGAGGCUACGGAGGCUAAAAUAAAGGAGGCUCUAUCCAAACCUGACUGCCUGGAAAGUGCAUUAACACUCCUGGAAGCCUGUAAGGUGUUCGAUGCAGAGUGUCUGGUGGAGAAGGAGAAGCUUGACGCAGCAGGGAAGGCCCGAGAAAACAUGGAGAAGGCCAGCAGCACGGAGAACGAGGUGGCGCCGCUUUGUAAUCGCUGGGAGGCCGUCAAGAAGGUCUCGGUGGAGCGCGUCGAGAGGGCUGAAGCUCUUGUCGCCACGUGGGAGGACCUGAAGAAGACCACAGAGGACCUCACACUCAAGAUGGGAGACGUGCCGGCCAAGGAGGACCCUAAUCUGGAGGAACUGGAAAAGACAUUCAACGCCGUCAAGGAAUUAUUCGGCAGGAAAAAAGAAAUCCUUGCUGCUGUGUAAUUCCCCCAAAUCACCAAACUUUAAAAGAUAAAUAGGUAAACUUUUCAUUCAUUCAUUCUCUCUCUCUCUCUCUCUCUCUCUCUCUCUCUCUCUCUCUCUCUCUCUCUCUCUCUCUCUCUCUCUCUCUCUCUCUCUCUCUCUCUCUCUCUCUCUCUCUCUCUCUCUCUCUCUCUCUCGGGAACUUUAUAAUGUCAUGGAUAAUCCAACUUUCAUGAGUUUUCUGAAUCCCGACGUUCAGUUUCCUGGAGGCGACGCUGCAGGUGAUGGGCGCUACACAAACUUCAUUAACUCUCUUUGUUUUACUUUUCUUCGUAUCCACUGGGAGUAUUAUGAGCCUUUUUAUUGGUUAUUUUUCCCCCUUUUUUUCAUCUUUUACUUUUACUUCUUCUCUCCCUCCGAAAGUAUGUGACCUUCUGUGUGUGUGUGUGUGUGUGUGUGUGUGUGUGUGUGUGUGUGUGUGUGUGUGUGUGUGUCUGUGUGUCUCUCUCUCUCUCUCUCUCUCUCU